AUGACUGUCCUGUGGCUGUUGCUGCUAGUAAGCCUGUCUACCUUUAACCUGGGAGUCUUCAUAUGGGCUGUUGUUCAGCACUUUCUCAAUGUGAAAAUCCCCUCUUCCUUGCAGCAUCCAGUCAAGUUCAGGUUUCUACAUUGUGUGAUGCUGUACGUUAUUGCUAUGGGAAAUAUAUUAGAGAAGCUGAGGAUUUGCUCCAUGCCCAGGUUCAUCCAGAUUUUUCAUGAUUUAAUAGUCAUAAAGAAGAACCAUAAUUUGAUGGUGACAAACAUGCACUUUGGGACAAUUCCUGUGAGACUCUUCCAGCCCAAGGCAGUGCCCUCCAAACUCCGACGAGGCAUAAUUUUCUGCCAUGGAGGGGGAGCCAUAUGUGGUAGCCUGGACAGUUACCACAACCUGUGCAGCUGCCUGGCCCAGAAGACAGAUUCGGUGGUGCUAUCAGUAGGGUACCGCAAGCUUCCUGACCACCACCACCCGUCUAUUACUAAGGACUGCCUGAAUGCCUCUAUUUACUUCAUGAAGGGCCUCAGAACCUAUGGGGUAGACCCCUCCAGGGUGGUAGUCUGUGGAGAAAGUAUUGGAGGUGGUAUUUUGGCCAUUGUCAUCCAGGCCUUGCUCAGCUUCCCAAGCCUCCCCAAGAUCUGUGCUCAGGUCCUUAUUACGCCAGCUAUGCAGGUCAUCAAUUUCCGAUUGCCAUCACAUCAGCAAAACCAGAAUGUCCCACUCCUCACCAAAGACAUAAUCAUGAUGUCUCUGUGUAAAUACAUGGACAUUGACUUAUCUUGGAAAGAUGCCAUAUUUAGUGGCACUUGUAUUCCCUUGGACUUCUGGAAUAAGUACAGAAAAUGGCUCAGUUCUGACAACAUCCCCAGAAGGUUUAAGAGCAAAAGCCUCCUGCCUGAGUCUCCAGGAUCUUUCAACGAGGCUGCCUAUCUAGAAACCAAACAGGUUUUGGAUACAGACAUUUCACCUCUCCUAGUAGAUGACAAGACCAUUGCACAGCUUCCCCAGGCAUUCCUGGUGAGCUGUGAGAAUGACCCCCUCCGUGAUGACACCUUGCUCUACAAGAAGCGCUUGGAAGACCAGGGGGUCCCUGUGACCUGGUACCAUGUGGAAGACGGCUUUCACGGAUGCAUCAUUUUGUUUGAUAAGCAACCUUUCUCUUUCCCCUGUUCCACGAAAAUUGUAAAUGCUGUCAUCACUUACAUAAAGGGCAUAUGACAGUCA